CCCCCCAUUUUGGCCUUCUUUUUCGCGAUUUUGGAACAUCAAACAAAAUCACUCCCCCGUAGAUUACAUUCUUUUCUAGGGUUUUCAACGAUCAUUUUCUGAAUAGGAAUUACAAUACGAAUGGAGUAGGUCAGGCCUGUUCUGUUUCCCAAGGUAAUAAAAUGAAGAAUCCUGAAAACAAUAAAAACCAUUACAGUAAGGAUGCCAUGCUGGGGUGUGAGCUUUGGACAGAUGGCCUUAUUUGUGCUUUUGAAUAUGUUCGAGGCUCCCGAAAGUCAACUAGACCAAGAUCACAGUCAAAGAUGCAGAGCACACAUCAAGUAGACAGUGGAAAUCUAAAGAAGAUAGUGCCUAAAUAUGGAUUAACUGAGGCUUCUACUCCAAAAAGAAAUGGGAACAAUUCAUUGGAAUCCAGUUCUCUCAUUGACCUUAGGGCUCACCACAUUGCUCCUUUGGAUGAUAAUACAGAUAGCCAGACUUCUGAACUUGAUACUUUCCAUACCAUGGAAAGAUCUGUGGAAAGUCAUUGGGUUCCAAUUGGAUGGGCUAGAAUCUCUGAACUCGUCCAAACAGUGCAAGUUGACGCUGGGUGGUCCUCACCUUAUGAAUUCAUGGAUGAUGAAGAUGACCUUACUGUUGCAGAUUUGGCAGCUCCUUAUUGGGAGCGACCAGCUGGUCCCACAUGGUGGUGCCAUGUGGCUGCAGGUCACCCAUCUAUCGAUGCGUGGCUAAAAAAUGCUCAGUGGUUACAUCCUGCUGUUAGUAUUGCUUUGAGAGAUGAAAGCCGAUUGAUAAGUGAGCGAAUGAAACACCUACUAUAUGAGGUCCCAGUUAGGGUUGCUGGAGGGCUAUUGUUUGAGCUGUUGGGGCAAUCAGUUGGUGAUCCAUUUGUUGAUGAAGAUGACAUUCCUGUUGUUCUUCGCUCUUGGCAAGCACAAAACUUUCUAGUAUCCGUUUUGCACAUGAAAGGAACUGCAUCGAGCAUAAAUGUGUUGGGCAUUACAGAAGUUCAGGAACUUCUCUUUGCUGGGAGUAAUAAUACACCAAAAACAGUGCAUGACGUUGUAGCACAUCUAGCUACCCGCCUUGCUAGAUGGGAUGAUAGAUUAUUCCGGAAGUCCAUAUUUGGGGCAGCUGAUGAAGCAGAACUGAAGUUUAUGAACAGGAGGAACUAUGAAGACAUGAAUCUUUUCAGUAUAAUCCUGAACCAAGAAAUUAGAAAGUUAUCAAGACAGGUUAUCAGAGUGAAAUGGUCACUACAUGCGAGAGAGGAGAUUGUUUUUGAACUUCUCCAACAUAUGAAGGGAAAUGCAGCAAGAACUUUGCUAGAGGGAUUAAGGAAGAAUACAAGGGAAAUGAUUGAGGAGCAAGAAGCAGUUCGUGGCCGCUUAUUUACCAUUCAAGAUGUCAUGCAGAGUACGGUGCGUGCAUGGUUGCAGGAUAGAAGCCUCCGGGUUACCCAUAAUUUAGCUGUCUUUGGAGGAUGUGGCCUCGUUCUAUCUAUCAUCACUGGGCUGUUUGGUAUCAACGUUGAUGGGAUCCCUGGAUCUGAUAACACGCCUUACGCAUUUGGUCUAUUUGCAGCCCUCCUCUUUUUCUUAGGAAUUGUGCUAAUUGCAGUUGGGUUGCUCUACCUUGGGUUGAAAAAGCCCGUAACUGAAGCGCAGGUUGAAGUUAGGAAAUUGGAGCUGCAACAGUUGGUCACAAUGUUUCAGCAUGAGGCAGAGACUCAUGCCCAAGUUCGUAAACCCGUUCCUCGGAAUAAUUUGACCCCCACUGCUGCCGAUGCUUUUGCAAGCAACAAAAUCAGGGUAUUAAAGCCUAUUGAGAUUGAGUCUGAUCAUUGUUGAAGUAUACCAAAAUUAAACCAAGACUGGAAAAUUUACUCCUGAGAAUGUAUUCAAAGCUCUAGUUAUAGUAUUUUUUUAUUUAUUUUAUUUUAUUUUAUUUUUUUAUGCCAAUACAUAUGAAAUGAGUUGGCCCCAUUCAUGUGAGAUUAAGGCAAGAAUGAUCAUGAUGAUUUGAGACGAGUUAAAAUUGCAUGGAAUCUGUAAAUCUUCUUGACUGUUCUAAGAUGUAAUCAUGAAACACAUAUUUCAAGAAUUUCAACCGCUAUUGCAUUUUAUGGAUAAUGACUGUUCUUGUUGCUAUUGCAAUCAAUUAAAUGUGUGCAAUAUAUCGGCCUUCGGGCCAUUGUGAUA